GCUAACUAGCCGCGUCGCCCGAGUGAAGUGAGCAAGUCGCGGCGUGUGAAGCUAACCGCGCCGAGGCUACUUUUGGAGGGAUACCGAGUCGGAUAUAUUCCUUGGAGGGAUUCGUGCUGCCAACUCUUUGUCAGGUGUAUUAUUGCGCCUCUCCUCCUGCCCUUUUUUCAUUGUUGGCGGAGCGUCCUGACUGCACACCGCUGUCUCCAUGCAUGCUAGCAACGGCUGCAACCGCCAGCUACAGUGAUGUGUCACAUUAGCUAACGAAUCUUUUUUUGACCAUUUGUGAGUGGAUGCUGUCACUGGUACGAGCUUUUUGGAGACAGACGGGGUUGUAUCAUCCCACCGUGACGCCCGUGUAUUAACUGUACUUUCAUGUCGUAUCACCCGACAGCUAGUUGUCCCUCCAGAAGAACCAGACGCGGAGCAUGCAGGAGAAGAAAAGACCACAGAUAAGUAGAUAGGGGACGUCGGACACAACCGAGUUAAAUUGGACUGUGUGGUUAAUCUACCACCAACAACUGGGAUUGCAUUUGGUGGCCGGACUGACAGAGAAAGUACGAGGAUGAAGAAGUUUUCUAGAAUGCCAAAGUCCGAGAGCGGAGGGCUCGGAGGGGCGUCCGGGUCCGGCUCCAGCUCCGGAGUCAGCAGCUACUUCGGGAAAGUGUUUGCAAUCGGGCGGUUCCAAGUCACCGUGGAAGAGCUCAUUGCAGAAGGGGGCUUCUCGGUGGUGUUUCUGGCUCGUACACACAGUGGUGUCCGCUGUGCUCUCAAAAGGAUGUACGUCAACAACGUCCCAGACCUGAAUGUGUACAAGAGAGAGAUCACUAUCAUGAAAGAGCUGUCAGGCCACAAGAACAUUGUCGGAUACCUGGACUCCACAAUCAACGCUGUGUCGGACAGCGUCUGGGAGGUUCUGAUCCUCAUGGAAUACUGUAAAGCGGGUCAGGUGGUGAAGCAGAUGAACCAGCGGCUGAAUGUGGGCUUCAGUGAGGCGGAGGUCCUCCACAUCUUCUGUGACACCUGCGAGGCCGUGGCCCGCCUGCAUCAAUGCAAGACACCCGUCAUCCACAGAGACCUCAAGGUUGAAAACAUCCUGCUGAACGACCAGGGAAACUAUGUGCUGUGUGACUUCGGCAGUUCCACUCACAAGAUUUUGCUGCCACAUAAAGAUGGAGUGACUGCCGUGGAGGACGAGAUUAAGAAGUACACGACCCUCUCAUAUCGGGCGCCAGAGAUGAUUAACUUGUACGCAGGGAAAGCCAUCACCACUAAGGCUGAUAUAUGGGCACUUGGAUGCUUGUUGUACAAGCUGUGUUUCUUCGCACUUCCAUUUGGGGAGAGUCAAGUUGCCAUAUGUGACGGAACCUUUAUUGUUCCAGAUAACUCCAAGUUCUCCUUCAAGUUGCACUGUUUAAUCAGAUAUAUGCUCGAACCAGACCAGGAGAAGAGACCAGACAUUUACCAAGUGUCCUACUUUGCCUUCAAAUUAGCUGGAAAAGACUGUCCAGUGCCAAAUCUCUUUAACUCUCCCAUCCCCACGUCGCUCCCAGAGCCUCUAACAGCCAGUGAGGUUGCUGCUAGGAAAAGCAUGACGAAAGCCAGGAUAACAGACGCUGUGGGCCCAACGGAAACAUCCAUAGCUCCCAGACAGAGGCCAAAAGCAGCAAACAGUAACGUCCUGCCCCUCGCCAACACUGUCACCCCUGUCAAAAUGACCGUGCCUUCAGCACCCGUCAGCAACGGCCAGAAAGCUCCCACCCCUGGCUCUGGGCAGCCAUCCAUGCAGCCCCAGCCCAGCAGUCAGCAGCACAGAGUCCUGCAGCAGCUACAGCCUGGUGACCUGCGUCUACAGCAGCUACAACAGCAACAACAACAUCACCACCAACAACAACAAGCAGUGCAGCAGCAACAUGCAAAUGCACAGCAACUCCAAUACCUCCAGUACCAACAGGCUGUGCAGCAGUCCCUCCAGCUUCAGCAGCAGCAGGCCCUCCUCCAGCAGCAGCAGCAGCAGAUGAUGAUGCAGCCCAUGUACCAGCAGCAGGUUGCCCAGGCUCAGGCCCAGGCUCAGUACGCAGCCAUGCUGCACCAGUACCAACAGGCUUUUGUUCAGCAGCAGCAGCAGCAGCAGCAACAUCAUCAACAUCAACAACAACAACAUCAGCAGCAGCAGCAGCUUCAUCCCGCUCAGCAGCCUCUCCCCUAUAUGUCCUCCCCUCUUGAGUUCCAGAUCCCGUUGGGUUCCUAUAACGCCACAACACCCACUGCUGGAGCUGGAAGUGUCCAGAUAGGUGGACCGUCGCCUGUGGAUCCCUCUUACACUAACCCCAGUCGAAACCCUCUGCUUGCCUCAGAUGGGAUCACACCUCCCUCUCAGAGCUGCAACAGUACAGUCAGUAACCCCCCUGACAUGUCGCGCUGGAACCCUUUCGGAGAGGACAACUUCUCCAAGCUGACCGAGGAGGAGCUGAUCGACCGGGAGUUCGACAUGCUCAGAGCAAAAAAGCCAGUGGAGAGAACAGCCAGCGUUGAAGCGGACCGACCGCUGCCUGCUGCCUCCGCCGCCAAGCCCCUGCCACCAGAGGACCUGUUCGGCUCGGUCCCGUUCGUGGCCAGCGCAGGUACCGAUGAGAAAAAGACUGAGCAGAGCAGUGAGGAGGUCGGCCUUCCUGCGCUCGUAUCCACCUCUACAGAGGCUCUGCAGCUAGUGGCGCCUAAGGAGCACAAACCAGGCAAAAAGAGCAGCUGCAGACCAGGAGAGGAGUCUGACAGCGACUUUGAGUCCGACCCUCCUUCGCCAAAAAGCAGCGAGGAUGAAGAGGUGGAGGAGGAAGAAGGCCUGAACAGUGAGCACGGUGACGACACCGAGCCAGAGAAUCUUGGACAGAGGCCUCUGCUGAUGGACUCUGAAGAGGAGGGAGAGGACGAUGAAGACAAACACAGCUCUGACUCGGACUACGACCCCAGCAGGGUCAAGAGCCGCUCAAAGAAAGCUCUGGCCAGUAAAGCAGCUUCAGCCGCCAGGAGGAGUCCUAAGGAUUCUGCCAUGACUCUGAUCACCCCUCCUGAGACGCCCAGCGGAGCCAGAGCUGCUUCAGCGACCGAUUCUGUGGAUGUUUUUGGUUCUAUUCCCUUCCUUGGAGGAACCUCGCCUGUCGGGCCUUCAGAAAGCUCGGACAUCUUUGCCAAAGCGCCUUUCAGGCAAGUCAGCCAUGAGCAGCAAGCUUCGGACGAAUUUGAUGUUUUUACCAAAGCGCCAUUCAGCCGGAACCUCUCCAAGUCGGGCAAGAGUGGCAGUGAUGUUCACAUGGGCCAAACGCCGCCCGUUUCCCCCGAGGGCAUUGACAUUUUCGGGUUCUCUCCCUUCCAGCCGGGCCCCACCGCACCGCCUCCCACCACCUCCAGAAGCGCAGAAGAUAUCUUCCAGCAGUCUUUUGAGGACUCGGCCAGCCCUCAGCAGCAGAGGCUGAAGCAGCGCAGCCUCCAGAAGCUGUCGUCACGCCAGAGAAAAACCAAGCAGGAGACCACGGCAGGCGGCAGCAAUGGCAAACGCCACCACGGUACGCCGACCGGAGGCCGCAAGACCAACAAGCCAACUUACCGCACACCUGAGCGAGUCCGCAGACACAAGAAGGUCGGCCGGAGAGACUCGCAGAGCAGCAACGAGUUCCUUAGCACCUCUGACUCUAAAGAGAACAUCAGUGUUGAUAUAACCAUGGCUGAAGGGAAAGACAAAGGAGCUUCUCUGCCGGUGGACGAGGCCCUUUUAGACCCCUUUGGAGCGAAGCCUUUCCAUCCUCAGGACGGCAGCCGGCAUGGCCAGUAUCAAGGACUCACCGACACCAAGAGCGACAUGGGCGCAGCCAAUGGCAAGUCCUGGACAGGCUCCCUUCACGGCGCUCUUGGAGACAGCAGCAUGGAUGAUUUUGGGGCAGUGCCCUUCACAGAAAUGGUCAUCCACAGUGGACCUCAGCAGCCGCAGCCGCCACCGCCCUCACAGCCAGUGGACCUCGACCCGUUUGGAGCUGCACCUUUUCCCCUGAAGCAGUGACUUUAUUUGCGUCUUCCCACUCUACCAGUUGCUGUUAAAUAACCCCUGAGCUUUUCUUUUUGGCUUGGGAACAUCUUCAACCAAUCCCGAGAGCUGACAAUGUCCUAAUGCUUCUCUUUUUUAAAAUAACUUUUUAAUACAUCUUUUAGUUUGAAUAACAAAAACCUAAAUCCUGUGGAGUGUGAGUGAUGUUUCCACAUAUCUUCAGCUGUACCUGUUUUGCUGAGAAGCCUUUUAUGCUGCAUCUUAACGCUCGUAAAGACGUUUGAACCGGAACGGAAAACCCACUCGAUAAAUCGUACUGUGAUUAUAAGCUUAACAUUUGACCGCUUGACUCGCUGCAAAAAGCUCUUUAUGGCUUGCCUUCUGAUCUACCAAUAUGUUUUUUUAGCACCACAAAGCCUUACCUGAGCUGGGCUCCGCCUCGCUGCACAGUACCUCGGAAACCACGACACAAUCGGCCCACGUUGGACUUUCAUGUCGGUGGAAUCGUUUGGGAGUUGACCUUAACCACUUUGUUUUAUCCUUAUUAGAUCUUUCUCUAUGCAUAAUUUCACCGUAGUCUUUACACAGCCCAGCGUGGCUGCGGUUUGUGUUGCGUUACACUUUGAAUACCAGAAGGGAUCGAAUUUUAUUGUACUUCUGUAAAAGUUAAUUGGGUCAGGUUUAAAUUUAGACUCUUAACUCUUUCCUUUUUUUUCUAACAGUAAUCUUCUAGGUAAGUACUGUUAAUAUUGUUUUUUUAUUAAGUUCAACAAAUUCUGUUAGAAAUAAGGAAGAGAUGAAACACAAAGCCACAUUAGAUCACUAGUCUAGGUUUGUGUUUUAAGAACUUUGACCACUUCAAGAACUCACAAGCUGUACCGCCAUUUUCUCAGCAGUGUUAAGAGCUCCUAACAUUAGAUGAUGUAACAUUUUCAGAAUUAUUUAUGCUGAAGAAUAAAUGGGAGGUGUGUGAUGAGUUAAAGGAACAGGCUGAUGGUAUUCUAUAUAACUUUUGUUAGUGUCAACAAAUCCAAGAAAAAGACCGCAACCAACAAUAUGUUUGUCCGACUUUUAGUACUUUGUGACUUCCUGUCUGCAGCUCUAUAGUCUGACUCACCAGAUGUAGACUGUGGCUAUAAGCCUGCCAUCAGGCUCAGGCUCCCAGGAAGUGUGCCAGGGCUUUGAAGCCAAUUUUAGAGAUAGGUCUGGUUACAAAAGACUAGUGGCUCUCAGAACCCAAGCCCAUUGGUUCCUACUGAAGACGUAACUCUAUAAAGGAAUGAAUGAGUGACCAACAUUUAAGUACAGUAGUGUUGAUUGUCGUCUACUUCACUUUUAACAAAGCUGCCUGAAAUAUUGUCCUCCUGAUGCGCACUCCCCCCCCCAACAUUUCCUGUUUGGAGCUGCGAUUUCAGUGUUUUUAAACCAUUCAUUUUACCGCUCACAACUAGGGCUGCAACUAACGAUUAUUUUCAUUGUCGACUAAUCUGUCGAUUAUUUCUUCGAUUAGUCGACUAAUCAUUUUAACGAAAAAUAUGUUAAAAUGUUGAAAAUGUCGGUCUGUCUCUCCCAAACCCCAAAAUUAUUUCAUCUAAUGUUUUGUUUCGUACUCACGCCAAAAAGGGUUUGAGUUCACCGUCAUGGGAGAGUGUGUAAAGCUGCCAAUAUUUGAACGUAAGAAGCUGCAAUAAGAGUAUUUUGGGGUACUUUUCUAUGAAAAAUGACUCAAACCGAUUAGUCGACUACUAAAAUAGUAGUCUCUAUAUACAGACUCCACAUUCAGUGAAUGUGGAGUCUGUAGGCAAACCCCGGAGAUCUUGCCCCAGGAAGAAGAGCAGAAGAGCCCUGGUUUCCGGUUGUAGGCUGUGUGUAGUCCACAUGAUAUUGAUCAAUCACGUUUGAGACGGCUGCAGUUGUUGCCAGGUUAAACGGUCCGUGCAGUGAACUAACGAGGCGGAACAUAAUUGGCGUCACUGCAAACUCUGAAUCCAUCGCAAUGGUUCAGCAUAUUAACUUAUAUAUAAACGGAAGUCGGAAACGGAAAUUCGCCUCCUCCGCCCAAAUCAAACCGGAAUGCCAAAAAAUCGGGGGUCUGCCCCCAGAGGCUGUAUCGCCGUCUGCUGGAAGUCAGAUGCCGAAUACAGCCGAUGGGUUCCGAGAAUGUUUAAAUAGUCACCGAUUAUUUUAAUAGGCGAUUAGUCAUCGACUAGUUGAUUAAUCGUUGCAGCUCUACUCGCAACUAAUUAUGUACGUAUGCGAUGUGAUCAUGUAGCAGGCUUAAAUCAAAGCAAAAAUAUUACAGGAAAGGCAAAACUUAUUUGAUAUAACAUCUCGACAGUCUCUUAGAUUAUGUAUUUUAAUUUGAAAUGGUGUAUUUUGAUAGCAUUACAUGUUUCUUUUUUUUUCUUAAUUUCAGAGAUUCUGUGAACCACUAGAGGGAGCUCACGUACUCAGACAUGUACAGUAGUUUGAGAACCAGCGGUUUGGGAUUGAUACCACAGACCGCUAGCUUAUCUUAGCAUAAAGACUGGAAACAACAAUCUGCCUACCAGUACCUGUAAGGCUCACUAAUUACAUUUUUUUUUUUUUUUUUUUUUUACAGGACGUCAUGCUAGAGACUUUCUUGGCCUGGAGCAGUGACGUCCUCGAGUCCCUCUGAUUUCCUGGUAAACUCACGAUGACGACACGACUCUAGGAAGUUGCUGCGCCCGGCCAAGAGAGGUGCUGGUAGGCAGAUUUUGUUACCUUUGGUCAGAGCUAAGCUCGCCAAACCGUUUCCUCUCGUUCUUCCAGUCUUUAUGUUAAGCUAAGCUAAGCUAAGCUCAGCUCCUGUCUUCAGCUUCAGAGUCGGGUAUAAAUCUUCUUAUCUAACUCUCAGCAAGUUUUUUUCCUCCCAUGUGCCCAAUGUCAAACUGUUCCUUUAAAAACAGCUCACAAAGAUAAAUUUAAUUUUAAAUAAGGUUCAGUAAUUUUCUAAAACAGCAAAGCAUAAAAGCUUAAAAGUGCAUUUUAUUAGGGACUAUUUUCAGCUGCGGAUAAAUACACAUUUGGGGCAGCAGGAUGUUGAAAGUGAGACUGACUCAGCAAAAACUAGAGAGAGAAAUAAGAUAUGAGGUUUUGGACACUUGCCAGUGGGAUCAGUUCGUUACUGGUUUUGGUCUUUUCGUGUUAUUUGUUGACAUUAACAACUCAGAAUAUCACAUUAUUCUUUAACGCAGGUCUUUCUGCUGCAGAAUGUGAAUUGACAAUUUCAUAAAGGGAAACAAAAUUCAACACUCAGAAAUCUGUGAUGUGUCAUCAGGUCAUUUGUUUGCUGAAAUCUUCCACGAACUCAUUCUCUGUGUGCUCGACAUCGACGGCCUUAAGCACUGCAUUUACCUUCACAGCCAUCGGCACAUUGUUUGAAUAAAACCUGCAGGUUGCUGUGUUUUCACCAGUGGAACCAUUUCAUACAACUGCUUUCCAUCUUUUCUUUUUUCCACAGGGGUAAAUCUGAUACUGUAUUUAUCAUGCUAUACUGCUGUUUGAUGCAAUAAAAAAAGAGUCCUCUCAGUGCAGCUUGAGGUGGAUUCCAUACAGUGUAAAUUAAAACAAACACUUUUCAACA